UUCCGUGUGUGUUAAAUUGGUUCCGGGUUCACGGUUUGGAGUAGAAUACUAGGCAAGGUUAGGUUGUCAAGGUGGGCAUACCUGCGUGUAUGCGAGUGUUUAGUGCCGUACGUCAGUAGUAUUCCCACAUCCGGGGCACAGUGGAACAAGUGUAGUCAUAAUGCCCGCCACAUCGUUCGUGCACGUUCACAGGAAGCCACUGUACUAUGCGCGUCCCGAGCGCACACUCUACGACAGUGCCGACGACAUCCGGAAUGUCUGGGACGGUUCGCUGGAGAAUGAGGAGAGCAAGGAGAAAGAAUCGACCGAUGAUGAGUCGAUGGGUGAAGGACCACGGUUGGAACUCGGAAUGCUAAAGUCGUCCGAGUCACCGGAGCAAGAUAUUCUCGGUCGUCCGGAGCAGAGCUGGAAGCUGUUGGAGGCCCUCGAUGCGCUCAGCACUUGGGGUCCAGCGAAAUCUUCGCUAGAAUUAACGUCCCUCGGUGAUGGACUGGUCGCGAAAGCAGUUGCUCACCGAGCAGAAUACAUCCGGCGGUGUAAAACAUCCAGCAUCGACGGGCUCUGUUGUCCGAUCUGCGAAGGAGUGCUAAGAUAUCCCGUCACAGCCACCUGUGGACAUACCUUCUGUCGGCAGUGUUGCUUCGGCCAUAGCCGCUGCACCGUCUGUGGACAGCGGUUUCCCUCUGUCACGGCAACACCGACAGCGACCAGCUCGUCAUCCGCAUUUACGUCCACACCGUCCUCUUCCUCGUCGACGGUAACUUCCGCCUCCUUUGCCUUUCCCGCCUCGUACGAAGCCCUGCCGGCCCUAAGCCCGGCGGAAGGCACCGAGGAAGUGUCCGCGAGCGGAGGUUUCGAGCUGGACAUUCUUAUUCGGCGACUCGUCGAGCGCUGGUGGGGUCCGGAGCUAAAGGCGGCCGAACUGCAGGAGGAAGCACAGCGCCAUCUAGAGGCCAACUCGCUGGACGAGGCACUGCGCUGCUGCAAUCAAAGCUUAGAACACGUUCCCAACAGCGCCAAAGGACUGCAGCUGCGCUCGGAGGUGUUGCAUCGGUUGCAGCACUACCAAAGUGCUCUGGCCGAUGCCGACAGUGCACUCAAGUGUCUGCCAACGUCACACAAGGCCCACUAUUGCCGAGCCAUAUCGUUGUCAGCGCUGGGAAAGUACGAGGAAGCAGUUAUAGCACGAUGCUUGGCCAUCUUCUUGGACCGGCAGUCGCAUGCCGUACCGAGUAGUAUAAAAUCUGAACUGAUGCAGGAUCUGAAACGAUUGCUCCUAGAAUCGCCUAGUCUUGCAUCUCGCGUCCCGCAGCACGAUCACAACCAGCCUGACGAACAUGACGACCCGCUCGGGUCGAUCUUUGAUCAUUCGUAUGACUUGAUUGCUGGAUGCCGUAAACGACGCCACCGUUCCCCGCAGCGUCGUAAGUCCAAGAAACAGUUCCUCACCCUACGCCAAGGUGACUUCGAUGCAGACCAUUCCGACUACGGUGGUGAAGACUACCUGAGCAGUGAUCUCCUCUUCGACUACAUGGAAGAUCCAUACAGCGAAGAGUCAUUGCUCGGUCCGGCCCACACCCGGCACCGUCAGCACCGAAGCCAUCAUCGAAGGCGCAGGAAGUCGGGCAGCACGAUGCUGCAAUCUGAUCUCAAGCUGGAGCAACACCUGCAGGACCAUCAGUACCAUCAGCAGCGGGAGCAGCAGAAGGAGCAGCUGCUACCGUGUGACUCGAUCAUUCCGCAAGGGAAUCCGCGACUCAAGUCUCUGCUGGACCGUUUGGAUGGUGAGCUGAAGUCGACCCGAUGGUUGGACACUACCCCCGUUCGGUUAACGGUGAACACGUCCUUGAUAGAACCGUCGGAUUUUGACUGUGUGCUGUGCUGCCGGACUCUCUGGCGGCCAGUUGUGACUCCCUGUGGACACACGUACUGUUGGGUUUGUCUUGACCGAUGCAUGGAUUAUUCGUCGUCCUGUCCGCUGUGUAUGGCCCCGCUGGUGGAACAGUUCCGCAACCAUCUACCCGGCGGUGCAGCCGGCGUGACGGAAGCGGCCAGUUCAAGUCCCGCCGGGACACCCACCAACUUGAUCUCACUGGCGAAGCGCAAAAUGACACGCUUCGUCGAUCUCGCCAUGCAACGCUUCAUCCCGGAAGCGUACGAUCGGCGCCAGCAACAGGAACAGGACCGGGAACCGACCGUUCCGGUGUUCAUCUGCACAACCGCAUUCCCUUCCGUGCCGUGCCCACUGUUCGUUUACGAGCAGCGCUAUCGGCUGAUGGUGCGCCGAGCAAUCGAGAGCGGCGAACGACGGUUCGGUAUUGCACUUCCCGCACAAAACGGUCGCCAGCGGUACGUGGAGUAUGGGACGAUGCUGGACAUUCGGGACUGCGUGCAGCUCGGGGACGGUUGCUCCAUCCUCUCAACGGUGGGCGGUCGACGGUUUCGGGUACUGACGCGCCAUGAACGGGAUGGGUAUGAUACGGCGCACGUGGAGUUUUUUGAGGACGAAAAGAUCGGUGCUGGAUCGGAGGCCGAAGAGCGGCUGCAGCUGGUGCGCGAUCUGCACGAGAAGGUGCUGCUGAAGGCGAUCGAUUGGCACCAGAGUCUGCCGGAAAGUAUACGGUGUGAAAUUUUCAAAAGCUUCGGCAAGAUGCCCGACCUGGAAGAGAACUGGGAGGAUGUGACAGAUGGACCGGCGUGGGCAUGGUGGAUCAUUGCGAUCCUUCCCCUGAACGACAAGCUCAAGGUCGACAUUCUCUCGACAACGAGCCUGAAGAAGCGGCUGCGUGCAAUCGACAAAACGCUCAACCUCGAGUCAGCCCAGCAGAAGCGUCAGCGCUCUGUAUGCGUCAUGGCUGGCGCAUCGUCCGCGUGCUGCGAAGGACUAUCAUCGACGCAACAGUGCCAAGCGAUCGACUGUUGCCUGCGAGAAAGAACUACCUCAAGCGUUCAUAAUCACCACCAUCAUCACCAUCAUCACGAUAGCGACAGGCAGGCCGAUACUACGCAGCAUCUGCACCAUCAUCACCAUCACCAUCACCACCACCAUCAUCUGAGCACGUCCACGGACGAGUAUCUGCUGUAGAAAACAAAAUGGUACACGGGAGCAAAAGCAAAAUGCAUCCAUCAGGAUUUAGCAAAACAUUAGUAACUUCCACUGUCACGCCGCAAAAGUGAUCGGUGCAAAACAAAAAAAACCAAGGGUCUCCAUUCGCACAACAAACCGAUUCGGUAUGAAACAGAUGGGAGGUUCAUUUGGUGUCCCAUGUAGAAGCAAGUAUGCAAAAACAAACUCAACAACAACACGGUAGAAGAAAUUCCUAACCAAAGGGAAAAAAGGAAACGAUGGAUCAAUGGCAGGACGGCGAGAUAAAUUAAACAUUAGCACAGGAAGGCGGAAAGUGAAUGAUCAGACGGAUCGUGAUUGUUGAUGCAUUUGAUUAGUAGCGGAAAUGGAAAGCAAACGUUUGUGCCAGUUUAGGUCAGUGGGCGGAUACCAGUUUAUGCACAGUCCAAGUCCCCAUAUCGUCACGAAAAUGAAACAUAAUUCAAGCUUUAACGAGUGUAAUUCCAAAACGCCAAAUCCAUUUUUAACUAGCAACCAACCUACUGCAGUGCAAUGCCACUGGAAAAGUGUUUUCCUCUUCCCACUUUUUUAAAGAAAGCGACAUCCUUGCCCAUAUAUCGAUAAGCAUACAUAACCAGAAACUACCUUUGCAACACACACAGACACACACACACACACAUUCACGUAAUACUUUUGCAAAAACAGUUCGAGCGCUUACAAACCUAGCACCCUAGUCACAUCGAUUUGAUCUAAUUAACCUUUUGCCCUGUUAGUGUUUGCAGUACGUACCACGGCAUAUGCAACUCGUAUAAUGCAAUGUCGCAUAUGUAUUCAAUCUUUCAACGGUGGAUAUAAGCAAACCCUCCCUUUAGCCACUUACUACAACUUCCAAUAUUACCAGUUCGAUAUACUCCGAUCGCGUUUGCGCACUUACAUCCUUGCUCUCGUAUAUCUUCGUAACGUUUGCCUUUUGGGAAUGCUAUCCCACGGUGAGAGUCUUGUACAGCAAGCUAACUUUAUCACACUAUCUAAAGCGUUCUUUCUUAUCGCUCGUAUUUGCCAACAUUGUUCCCGUUUUCCCUUUCUACCAAUUCACUAUCUUUCCUUCUCCUGGGAAAACCGCGUAUGGAAAUUUGUCAUAAACUCUACAAACUAUACAUACAGAUACAUACAUAUAUAUAUCAAGAGCAAAUUUGUGCAUUUUUGUAAUAGCUAAUGAAAAUUUAGGAAACAGUUACACUGUUGUAUGAAAGUGUCGUGAAACAGAAACUAAAUUCAUGCAAUUGAAAAACUAAAGAGAUGGGAAGAAAAUUACCAAACAAAAUAAUUGAAACAAAAAGAACCCAGAUCAAACACACGCAUAAACAAGAAGGGAAAGAAGCUGACAAGGAAAUGGAAUGGAAGCAAACUAGCGGUGCUGUGAGACAAUGUGAGGACAAUCUUUUCCUGCAGGUGACCAAAACACACACAAACGAACAAAACCUACAAAACAAUGCAACGGAAUCGGUUUUCUAUGAGGGCAACAGGGGGGUGGAGGA